AGUAUUAUUGAGCUUUGAGCUUUGAGCAUAAACAAUUUCGUUUCGUCGACGAAAAUCAAUUUGCAAAGCUCAGUACGUAUUAUACAGCAGUUUUAAUAUAAUUUUUGGCCAUUGAAAUUUCGUCGCCCGUUUACUAAAGUCACGUGUGAUAACGAAAUAGUUGUGAAAUGGUUCCAUUUUUAUAUUCACGGUCAAUAUUUCUACUAUAGUGCCCUCGCCCAAUGUUAUAGAUUUUGUUUCAAAAUCUCAACGUUUUAAUCGUCUACAUUCGAAUCAUUUUAUCGUUAUUUUAUCGAGAAGUUCUAUUCGAAGUUGAUUUGCUUGAAUAAGUAUAGAUUGGCAAAUAUGGGUAUCCUUCAGCAUAGGACCGUAAAACGAGUUAUUUCUUCCGAAAUUCAGCGAAGAUGUUUCAGCGUUUCGCCUUUAUCAGCUUCUGGUUCUCAAGUACCGAUGAGUAAAUUCGAUACAGCCAGCUUACCGUAUGAAAAACUAGAGAAAAUUUUAAAAGCUGUUCGCGACAAGCUGAAACGUCCGUUAACAUUAUCUGAGAAAGUACUAUAUUCUCAUUUGGACAAUCCUCAUGAACAAGACGUAACUCGAGGCGUAUCUUACCUCAGACUGCGGCCAGAUCGUGUUGCUAUGCAAGAUGCCACAGCUCAGAUGGCUAUGUUACAAUUUAUUUCAUCCGGAUUGCCGCGUGUAGCUGUACCCUCGACCAUCCACUGCGAUCACUUGAUUCAGGCCCAAGUCGGAGGUGAUAAAGAUUUGGAACGGGCUAAAAAUAUCAACAAAGAAGUGUACGAUUUUUUGCAAACCGCGGGUGCCAAAUACGGCGUAGGAUUUUGGAAACCAGGUUCGGGAAUCAUUCAUCAAAUCAUCCUGGAAAAUUACGCUUUCCCCGGCUUAUUGAUGAUCGGUACUGAUUCUCAUACUCCAAAUGGAGGCGGUCUUGGCGGUCUUUGUAUUGGAGUAGGAGGUGCGGACGCCGUUGAUGUAAUGGCUGAUAUCCCGUGGGAAUUGAAAUGCCCCAAGGUCAUCGGUGUCAAAUUGACCGGAGCUAUGAAAGGAUGGACUUCGCCGAAGGAUAUCAUUCUUAAAGUAGCCGAUAUUCUGACCGUAAAAGGUGGUACCGGUGCUAUUAUCGAAUACCACGGCCCCGGUGUUGAUAAUAUCUCAUGUACCGGUAUGGGUACCAUUUGUAACAUGGGUGCUGAAAUUGGAGCCACUACUUCGAUUUUCCCGUUCAACAAACGUAUGGGAGAUUAUUUGAAAUCCACCAACAGAUCGAAAAUCGCCGAUGCGGCUGAACAACAUCGUCCUACGUUAUUCACGCCGGAUGCUGGAUGCGAGUACGAUCAAUUGAUCGAAAUAGACUUGAAUACGUUGGAACCUCACGUAAACGGUCCAUUUACCCCCGAUUUGGCUAACCCGAUCUCUAAACUGGGUGAAAAUGCCAAAAAAGCAGGCUGGCCGACCGAUAUCAAAGUUUCCCUUAUCGGAAGCUGCACCAACUCCAGUUACGAAGAUAUGGCUCGAUGCGCUAGUAUCGCUAAAGAAGCGAUGGCUCAUGGGCGCAAAUCUAAAAUCCCGUUCAAUAUUACUCCCGGUUCGGAACAAAUUCGUGCCACUAUCGAACGCGACGGUAUAGCCGAAAUCUUCCGUAAAUUCGGCGGUACUGUUUUGGCCAACGCUUGCGGUCCGUGUAUCGGUCAAUGGGAUCGUAAAGAUGUGAAAAAAGGAGACAAGAACACCAUCGUUACUUCCUACAAUCGUAACUUCACCGGGCGUAACGACGCUAAUCCAGCUACCCACUGUUUCGUCACCUCGCCCGAAUUGUGUACUGCUCUCGCCAUCGAAGCCUCUUUGGAAUUCGAUCCGUCCAAGGAUACCAUCAAGGGAGCCGACGGAAAAGAAUUCAAACUCAGUAAUCCGUUCGGAGAUGAAUUACCUCCGCGUGGAUUCGAUCCCGGUGAAGAUACCUAUCAAGCCCCUCCUUCCGAUGGUAGUGGCGUUAGAGUAAACGUUGAUCCGAAAUCCGAACGAUUGCAAUUGUUAGAACCUUUCGACGUUUGGGAUGGCAAAGAUUUCAACGAAUUACGUAUCUUGAUCAAGGUUAAAGGUAAAUGCACCACCGAUCAUAUUUCAGCCGCCGGUCCAUGGUUGAAAUUCCGAGGUCAUUUGGAUAACAUCUCGAAUAAUAUGUUCUUGACUGCCACUAACGCCGAAAAUGGCGAAUUAAAUAAAAUCAAAAAUCGUCUAACAAACGAAUGGGGCGCGGUUCCCGAUGUAGCCAGGGCUUACAAAGCGGCCGGAGAGAAAUGGGUGGCCGUCGGUGACGAGAACUACGGAGAAGGCAGUAGCAGGGAGCACGCUGCGUUGGAACCGAGACAUUUAGGAGGUCGUGCCAUCAUAGUCAAAUCGUUCGCUAGAAUUCACGAGACCAAUUUGAAAAAGCAAGGUUUAUUACCGUUGACUUUUGCCAACCCGGCUGAUUACGAUAAAAUUCAACCCACCGAUAGAAUUUCGUUAGUCGGUCUGAAAGGUUUAGCUCCAGGUAAACCAGUCAAGUGCAUCAUUAAACACGAAGACGGUAAAACCGAAGAAAUCAGUUUGAAUCAUACCAUGAACGAACAACAAAUCGAAUGGUUUAAAGCCGGUAGCGCUUUGAAUCGUAUGAAACAAUUAGCGAAAAAAUAAUAUCGCACGAGGCGCCGAUGUUGUUUACUUUACGACAAUAUUAGUUAAUUCAGUUCGCUUAUUUAAUCAUGUUUUAGAAUGCAGUUGUUGCGCUGUGAUCCGGUGCACUUUCUCUCCUCUUGUUUGAAUUUCAACCUGAAAUUUGGAUAUUCCCACAUUACUCGGUUAGCGACCAAUUCCAAUCAAUGCGGGUCUUAAUUUCGACUUAAUCGAAGAAUAUCUCAACGGCAUUGAUUUUGAGCAAGAGGAGAGAAGAUAAAAAUGAAAUAAUUGUGAUUAAACUUGCUGACACAUUUUUGAAAGAAAAAAAUACAACAAAACAAAUCGAUCCACAUAAACAAAUGAUUUCAUUGAAUUAGUUACCUUUUUAAACGAUUCAGUUUUAAGUUAUAAAUCGAGUUUUAAUUACGCGUGUACGUUUUUUUUUUUUUUUUUUACUCAAAUUUCGUCUAUAUUGUUCUUGUUCCUCCGAGAGUCAUUAGUAUUUCGAAAUUGUACUUCGUUAUAUUAUUUUUAAUUAUUACGUAUUUUAAAAUGUACUAUAUUGUUUUUAAAAGUAUUUAUCUUAUUCAUUUCUUGUUGUAACGUGGAUCGGAUUGUUGUGAUAUUAAUAUAAUUGUAUAUAAUCGUAUUUCUCUAUGUGUCUUUCAUUUUUAGGAACAUUUUUUAGUUGUGAUGUACCUUGGAAAUAGUUUGUUUUGUAGAUGAAAACGAAAAAUUUCAAAAGUCACCUCGACUAGUAUUAUAUUCAAGUAUUAAUUCAUGUUAUUAUCAUCCCGGUUCUCGAUUUAUCUUGGCAUCUAGAAAUGUUGUAAUUUAACUUUCAGUUUUAAUAUACAUACAUAGUUUUCUUUCCUUUUUUUUGAAUUAUUUUUUAUUGUUGUUGGCAAUUAUCUGAUAUACUCACUUUUUUGUGCACUCGAAUCUGUUAAUCAUCGCAUCGCUAUAUUCUUUGUCUUCCUGUAAAAUAAAUACUGCCAUCGUGAAA